ACUAAUGAAACCUUACAGUAUUAACGUGAAAUUUUGCCACGCUGUCGGCAGAAACUUCAAGUUUUCUUCUACAGGAGAAGGCAUUCUCCCUCUCCCCAACUUCUUUCAGACAGCCGUUCCCGAAUCCUCCUCCAGUAGGCGGUGCUACUUUUGAAGGUAGUAAUUUAUUCUUAAAAAUGUAAUUAUUGCGCAUAUUUUGAAAUCCAUUAACAAUGUGUAUGUAAGUUUGUGCUGGUUUAAAAUAGCAUAUUUAAAUAACAUACUAUAGCAAGUCAGGUAAAUAGAUUACGCGAAUUUUCAGUAUUUUCCCCAACUAAAAAUAGCCUACUGAAGAAAAACUAAACUUUUGCCGAGUGAGGGAGAAUUUUUUUUUUUUAACGUUUUGAUAGAUAUAGGUUGCAUAAUUUUCGCGAACACUGUACAUUGCAAGCAGCGACCUAGCCUAUCACAAACAAUUGCUGCACUGUCACAGUUAAGAAGCGCAAUGGGUAAAAGCUUUUCAGUGCAUUCCUUAAGUUGUUUCCCUCACAAUCAUUCGCCAUAACUUGUUUUCAGCGCUGGAACUUCUGAGUUGUAACUUUGUUGGGUAGAAGUUCAGAAGUUAGUGACGGUUUUUCUGUACACUAAACAUGUCCACCAGCGCAUAAUUGCGCGUACCAUAUGUCUAUUAAACUCAAACUCUUUAGAGAUGUCCUCUUACAACUCAAAUACAUGCACUUAUAUUUGUUUUGAAAGAAGAAAAUACACACACAAGACUCCGAAGCCGCCCGACUCCCUGGUUCCCGUACAGACCAUUUUUACUUCACUGAACUCUGUGAUUAGCUGGAGAGAUGUCGUCAUCAGCGCUCCGAUUUUCCCCCCUUCCUAAAUGGAUGGGGCUGUCCUGGUUUAUGCACAGUUCAACAGAGGCCAAAAGAUUGGAACAACUCAUGAAUAUCCGUCAGUUUGGCUUUUAGAGUUACGCUCAGAAUGCUUGCCAGUUUCGCUGCAGCUACAGAUUGAAAGCUUGUCCCACAGACUGUGGGUCCAGGAAGAGGGCUCAUUGAAAGUUUACAUUACUUCUACUCCCGUUGGUUGAAGUGGCAGCUUUUAAUAUCAUAUUAAGUAUCGCAAUGGAUUAUGUCUAUUUUAUUAUGUACUGUUCUAUCAGUUUAUUAUUUCUCGAUUACAGACUUUCUGCAAAAGCACAUGCCAAUCUCUCUGGAAAGUUAAGUGAAUAUGGUCUUAUCGUGCCAUUCAGUACAGACUCCCGCGGCCGGUACGUUUCCCACGUGGUCUCAGCCGCGUCUGGAGGUAAAGGCGGGGGCGCGCGCCCUGGACGAAGACGGGUAGCCCGCAGCGCCUCCGAGACUCUUUCUGUAACCUCAACCGGACAACACUUAUUUUUCAACGUCACUGUUUUUGGGAAGGAAUUGCACUUACGCCUAAAAGCCAACCGAAGACUGGUUGCGCCAGGUGCUUCCCUGGAAUGGCAGGAAGACUUUGAGGAAAAGGCCCAUGAGCAAAUUAAUGGCGACUGCGUUUUCACGGGGGAUGUAUCCGAUAUGCCCAAGGCCACGGUGGCAAUAAGCAACUGCGAUGGACUGGCAGGCCUGAUUCGCACUGGUAACGGGGAGUUUUUCAUUGAGCCCUUAGAGAAGGGGCAGCAGGAAGUGGAAGAGAAGGGGCGUGUUCACGUGGUGUACCGCAGGUCCGCCGUCAAACAGGACCCAACCCAGAGGAGGGAGGACGUCCACAGCGAAGUUUCCGAAUUUGGAAUCGGUGAACUUCACAACAAUUUGGACCUGAUGGAGCACAAGCUGUCCGAGUCGGAACGCCAGCAUUCUGAGUCGGAGCGCAAGCGCAGGCAUGCCAGGAAGGACGACUACAACAUGGAGGUGCUGCUGGCCGUGGACGACUCGGUGGUGCGGUUUCACGGGAAGGAGCAUGUCCAGAACUACGUCCUGACGCUCAUGAACAUCGUUGAUGAAAUCUACCACGAUGAAUCCUUGGGAACCAACAUCAAUAUUGUCCUUGUUCGUAUGAUAAUGGUCGGGUAUAGACAGUCCGUAAACCUGAUUGAGAAGGGGAACCCGUCGCGCAGUCUGGAGCAGGUGUGCCGCUGGGCGAACACGCAGCAGCGGCGAAACCCAGGCCACGCUGAGUACCAUGAUCAUGCCAUCUUCCUUACAAGGCAAGAUUUUGGUCCCGCAGGUAUGCAAGGCUACGCCCCCGUGACCGGGAUGUGCCACCCCCUCCGCAGCUGCACGCUCAACCACGAGGACGGCUUCUCCUCCGCCUUCGUCGUCGCCCACGAGACCGGCCACGUGUUGGGCAUGGAGCACGAUGGGCAGGGGAAUCGCUGUGCGGACGAGACCAGCAUGGGGAGCAUCAUGGCCCCUCUGGUGCAGGCGGCCUUCCAUCGCUACCACUGGUCACGCUGCAGCAAGCAGGAGCUCAAUCGCUACAUCCACUCGUACGACUGUCUGCUGGACGACCCCUUUGAGCACAAAUGGCCGAAGCAGCCUGAGCUCCCGGGCAUUAACUACUCCAUGGACGAGCAGUGCCGCUUCGACUUCGGCGUGGGAUACAAGAUGUGCACGGCUUUCCGCACGUAUGACCCCUGCAAGCAGCUGUGGUGCAGUCACCCCGACAACCAGUACUUUUGCAAAACCAAGAAGGGCCCCCCUGUGGACGGGACGGAGUGCGCACAUGGCAAGUGGUGCUUUAAGGGCCACUGCAUCUGGAGGUCCAGCCAGGAGCCGUACGGCCACGACGGGAGCUGGGGGUCCUGGGGGAAGUUCGGCUCCUGCUCCCGGACCUGCGGGGGAGGGGUGCGCUCCCGAAGCAGGCAGUGCGACAACCCACCACCAGCCUAUGGCGGCAGGGACUGUCCCGGCUCCACUUUUGACUACCAGAUGUGCAACACGGAGGAGUGUCCCGGGCCGUACGAGGACUUCCGCGCCCAGCAGUGCCUGCAGAGGAGCAACAAGUACCACCAGAACGUCAAGCACUCCUGGCUGCCGUACGAGCACCCCGACGAGGCCCAUAAGUGUGAGCUGAGCUGCCAGUCCAAGGAGACAGGCGAGGUGGUGUUCAUGAACCAGGUGAUGCAUGAUGGGACACGCUGCAGCUACAUAGACCCCUACAGCGUGUGCACCCGCGGGGAGUGCCUGCAUGUGGGCUGUGACAAGGAGGUGGGGUCGUACAAACAGGACGAUAAGUGCGGAGUGUGCGGAGGGGACAACUCCCACUGCCGUACCGUCAAACUGACCCUCACAAAGACGCCCAAGAAAACCGGCAUGCUGAAGAUGUUUGAUAUCCCCGUCGGAGCCAGACAUAUACUCAUAGAGGAGAACGAGACCUCUCCUCACCUCAUUGCUGUUAAAAAUCAAGUGAGCGGCACGUUCAUCCUGAACGCCAAGAGCGAAGAUGCCAAGUCGAAGACGUUCAUCGAGAGCGGUCUGGAGUGGGAGUACUCGGUGGGGAGCGGGAAGGAGAGCCUGAAGACCAUUGGCCCGCUCCACGAGGGCAUCGUAGUCCUGGUCAUUCCUCAGGAGGAAGAUUCCAAAAUUAGCCUGACCUACAAAUACAUAAUCCAUGAAGACCUGCUGCCUGUCAUUACCAAUAACAACGUUCUGCUAGCGGAGCUGGAUACCUACGAGUGGGCGCUGAAAAGCUGGUCACAGUGUUCAAAGCCCUGUGGAGGAGGAGUCCAGUACACAAAGUACGGCUGCAGGAGGAAGAGCGACAGCAGGCUGGUUCACCGGAACUUCUGCGACGCCGGGAAGAAGCCCAAACCGAUCCGGAAGCGCUGCAACAUGAACGAGUGCAGCCAGCCGGCGUGGCAGGUGCAGGAAUGGGGCCCAUGCAGUCGGACGUGUGGAAAGCUGGGCUUCCAGUCCAGGCUGGUGCAGUGUGUGCAAGCGCUCCACAACGGGACCACCAGGACUGUCCACACCAAGUACUGCACCCAGGAGCGGCCCGAAAUGAGGAGGCCCUGCAACCGGUCCACCUGUCCCGCCCAGUGGAGGACAGGUGCCUGGUCCCAGUGCUCAGUCAGCUGUGGGGAGGGAAUUCAGCAGCGGCAGGUCGUGUGCCGCUCCAGCGACAGCAGCCUGGGCCAGUGUGAGGCGGAGAGGCCCGAAACCGUGCUAAUCUGCAAAUUGGCACCCUGUCCAGGGCAGUUAAUAUUGCCCUCCUCCAGCGCAGACCUGUUUGUGAAUGGGUCCAUAAAGGAUGAACUCUUAUCCCAGGUCAUCCCUGACAACCUUGUGAAUAAAAUAUCCUCAAAUGACGCCUGUCUGGGUGAUAAAUCCAUAUUCUGCCAGAUGGAGGUGCUGGCUCGCUACUGCUCCAUUCCAGGCUACAACAAGCUGUGCUGUGAGUCCUGCAGCCGGAUCCUGGACUCCACUACACCAACCGCCAACCUCAACAAGUCCACCACGGCGAUGCCUAAUUCCACGGGUCCUGUCCCGCCCAGUUCCGUCCCACUACCAGAGGCAACUCUUACCCUGGCCACUCAGAGUCCCCCUCAGACCACCACGGAGUCUUCCGGACGGCUUCGUUCGACCGUGCAAGGCCCGACUGUCCCCACUCCCAGCCUGAAGUCCGCUGGACCCCCAGCUGCAAGCGACCAGGGUUUGACUGAGCGCCCUGCCAGGGACCCCCCCCUGACUGAGCGCCCUGCUAGGGACCCCCCCCUGACUGAGCGCCCUGCCAGGGACCCCCCCCUGACUCACAGCCCUGCCAGGGACCCCUCCCUGACUCAGAGCCCAGCAGGUGACCCCUCCCUGACUGAGCAUCCUGCCAGGGCCCCCCCCCUGACUGAGCGCCCUGCCAGGGACCCCCCCCUGACUCAGAGCCCAGCAGGUGACCCCCCCCUGACUGAGCGCCCUGCCAGGGACCCCCCCUGACUCAGAGCCCAACAGGU